AUGAAUAGAAAUCUCAGAGUAAAAAGAAAGAUAAUUGAUAGUUUGUUAGAGCUGUCUCUAGUGAUUCCUUUAGUGUUUCGUAAUGUUUUCUCACUUUUUCAUUCGUGGUUGAAUAAAAAUCGUAGUAUCUUUGUAGGUAACGGACACAGCAGCAAAAUGAGUGUCAUCAUUAGACUACAGAAUCUUCCUUGGUCAGCCAAUGCCCUCGACAUUAGGAAUUUCUUUCGGGGCCUCUCCAUUCCUGAGGGGGGUGUACACAUCGUAGGAGGCGAGCUUGGAGAUGCGUUCAUUGCUUUCAGCACCGACGAGGACGCACGGCAAGCGAUGAUGCUGGACGGCGGCAAGAUCAAGGAGAUCCAGGUGAAGCUGCUGCUGAGCUCGCGCUCCGAGAUGCACAAAGUGAUCGAGACGGCCCGCCAGAGCGUGCCCAUACUGACGCUCACCGCGCCCGCGCCCGCGCCCGCCCCCGCCCCCGCGCAGCUGCCCCCGCCCACGCCCCCGCAGCAGGCGCCCCUGGCCCCCCUGGCCCCGGCCACCAUCACGCCCUUCUCGGCCGCCCUGGGCGCGGUGCCGCUCUCCGGCUUCGGCAUCCCCGGGAUAGGCAACCCGCACGAGAUCCCGCAGCCGGCGGUGAUCGAGCCGCCGGCGCCGCUCGUCAGCCCCCCCGGCGGGGGCGCGCCCAACGGCGACGAGGAGCGGGACGAGGACGGCCGCGCCGAACGCAAGCCCAGCAAGGACAAGGAGCGGCGGCGCACGCGCUCGCGCUCCCGCUCGCGCGACCGUCCCGAGCGCAAGGAGCGCAAGAGGGAGCGGCGCGACCGCUCGCGCUCGCGGGAGCGCCGCCGCCGCGAGCGCAGCCGCAGCCGCGAGCGCAGGGACCGCAAGCGCGACAGGAAGGAGCGCAGCAGAGCGCCGAGCCGGCCGAGCCCCCGCCGGGGCCCUUCGCGGCGCACGGCCCGCCCGCGCCCGCCCUGGCUGCCGCCGCCGCAGGGCCCGCUGCUGCCCAACGGGCCCCCGCCCACGGCCGACACGCCCCCGGGCCGCUUCACCGACCCCGCCAUGAUGGAGGCCUUCAACAAGCUGCAGGAGCUGGGCAAGAAGCGGAACCCGAACGCGUUCCAGGGCGAGCACGCCAACGGCCCCCCGCCCCGCUUCGGCGCGCGCGGCCCGCCCCCCGCCGCCUUCCGGCGCGAGGCGCGCCCGCCGCGCUUCGACGAGCAGCAGCAGCGCGACUGCUGCGUCGCCAUCAGGAACGCGCCCAACCACACCAGCUACGGCGACGUGCGCCGCUUCUUCCCCUUCAUGAUCGACAAGCACGGCAUCAAGAUGAUCAACGACAGCACCGGCCGGCGCACGGGCAACAUCUUCGUGCGCUUCUGCGACCCGCGCUCCAAGCAGCUCGCGCUGCAGCGCAAGAGCAACGAGCUCAAGGGCGCCGUCGUCACCGUCGAGGAGCUGGACGACGAGACGUAUGAGAGCGCGGUGGACUCGUACCUGCCCUACCGCGAGGACGACGGCGACGAGGAAGCGGCCCUGGACGGCGAGCCGGAAGGGCCCGCGCCGCCGCCCUUCAACGUGCUCAAGCUCACCGACCUGCCCCACUUCGUGAAGGAGCACGACAUCAUCAAGGCGUUCAACGACUUCUCGCUGCUGUCGAUAAUGCUCAACGAGUGUCGCCUCUCGCGCUCCAAGGUGGCGUACGUGCAGUUCGCGAAGGCCGAGGACGCGAGACUCGCCCUGGAGCGCAAGGAGCUGUACGUGUUCGGCAGACGGCAGCCCACCAUCGCGCCGGUGGGGCCCGACGAGUACGAGCGGGAGAAGGCGGACAGGGAGCGCGCCGCCGAGCAGCACAAGAGGCGCCCCGAGAAGCCCGACGAGGGCGCGGCGCCCCGCGACCCGCGCCAGCGGCGGCCGCAGCCCGAGCCCGCGCCCCACCGGCCGCAGGGCGCGCCCCCGCUGCAGCCGCAGCCGCCCGCCGCGCCCUUCUUCGCCGGCGCGCCCUUCGGCCCGCAGCAGGGCUUCGGCGCGCCGUUCGCCGGCGGGCCCCAGUUCGGGGGCUUCCCCGGCGCCGCCGCCGCCGGCUGGGCCGGCCGGCCCGCCUUCCAGGGCCCCGCCGACCCGCUGCCGUCCGUCGCGCCCAACCCGCGCGUCCUCUCCACCGACCUCGAGGAGCAGCCGCUCGACUGCGUGCUCAUGAAGGGGCUGCCGCGCGAGGCCACGGACCGGACCAUAGUGACGUUCCUGUCGGACACGGGCGCCGUGCCCGCCCGCAUCCACCUCAUGCUCGACCCGAGCGGCACGCCGUCGGGCGACUGCUUCUGCGAGUUCCGCUCCGCGCAGGAGGCGAGGCAGGCGGCCUCUAAGCACGGCGGCGACCUGGACGGCUGCCGCGUCUCGGUGGACCUGGUGUCGCGCAAGGUGGUCGAGGAGGCGCUCGAGGGGCCCAAGCAGCCGGAGGGGCCGGCCAACAAGCCGCCGCCGCAGUACUACGAGCACCCGCGCGGCGGCUUCGGGGGCCCGCGCCCCUUCCGCGGCCGCGGCGGCUUCGAGCGGGGCGGCUUCGAGCGCGGCGCCUUCCGCGGCGGCUACGAGCGCGGCGCCUUCCGCGGGCGCGCGCCGUGGGCGGAGCGCGGCGCCAGGGGCGGCGACAGGGGCGCCAGGGGCUUCGAGCGCGCGCGCGCCAGGGGCUUCGGCAGGGGCCGCGGCGCCUUCGCGGAGAACGGCGCCGCCGACGACGAGCCCGACCCCGCGCUGGAGGGCUUCGGCGCGCCGGGCUGCGUCGUGUGCAUGGAGAACGUGCCCUUCCGCGCCACCGUCGAGGACAUCCUCGCCUUCUUCGGCGACUUCGAGCUGACGCAGGACGACAUCAUCCGGCGCUACAACGAGCGCGGCCAGCCCACGGGCGACGCGCGCGUCGCCUUCCGCACGCCCUUCGAGGCGCAGCGGGCCGUCAAGGCGCGCCACCUCGACGCCAUCUACGACCGCCGGAUCUCGCUCGGCCUGCUC